GGAAGAAGAUGAAGAAUAGAUACAAACAAACCCCCGAGCGAGCACCACAUGGAGAUUGGGGAAUCAUCACUCAGCCCUGCGCUUCCCAGUCCAAAUCGCAGGACGACAAAUUUCUUCAACUAAUUUAUAUUCAGUCUACGAACCACGAUCACGACCACAUCAUUAUUCAAUUCCUUGGUAGACUCGUCGAUUUUCAUCAGCCAUCAAUCUGUUGACUCCAAGCAUUUGUCCUCAUAUUGCCGUCCCGAAUAUUUAAUUCGCAAUACCCGCCAUUUUUAAUCCCCAUCCAGUCCCUCUUUCCCUUCCCUGCAAGGUAAUUUUCACAUUCUUGAGCAGGUAGAGAAACCCACAGUGUCGAAUUGGUUUCUGUUUUCUUUGCACCAUUGUUUUUGCGGUUCGGAAUUCCAAAAUGAAGAGGUACAGGAAUGGGGAGGUCUGGGAUUUUGAGCAAAUGGUUGCUGCCGCGGCUGCUGCUCAUGGGAAUGGGAAAAUUAGAAAUGAUGGCAAGCAUUUGAAUGAGGGUUUUAAUGGCAGGAAAGUGAUUCUGGGUAUAGAUGGUGGAACUACCUCCACUGUGUGCAUAUGCAUGCCUUUGAUCCCCUUUUCUCUGCCGCUGCCUGAUCCUCCGCCAAUCCUUGCUCGGACUGUCGCCGGUUGCUCCAAUCACAACAGCGUUGGAGAAUCCAGGGCUAGAGAGACUUUAGAACAGGUUAUGGCAGAUGCUCUUGCAAGGUCAGCUUCGACACGUUCUGCAGUUCAAGCCGUUUGUCUUUCAGUCUCCGGUGUUGAUCACAAGAAUGAUCAGCAUCGUAUACUUAACUGGCUCAGAGAAAUAUUCCCAAGUCAUGUGAGGCUGUUCGUCCAGAAUGAUGCUGUGGCUGCUUUGGCCAGUGGGACAAUGGGAAGCCUACAUGGAUGUGUUCUUAUAGCUGGUACAGGUACCAUUGCUUAUGGGUUCACUGAAGAUGGUAGAGAAGCUCGGGCUGCUGGUGCUGGACCUACAUUAGGUGAUUGGGGAAGUGGUUAUGGUAUAUCGGCGCAAGCACUGACUGCUGUAAUUAGGGCACACGACGGUCGUGGGCCACAGACAACACUCACACAUAGCAUUCUGGAUGCACUUAGUCUAUCUUCACCAGAUGAACUUAUUGGUUGGACUUAUUCAGAUCCAUCUUGGGCUCGAAUAGCAGAGCUUCUUCCACUUGUGGUUUCUUGCGCCGAGGCUGGAGAUGCCGUGGCAAAUAAGAUCUUACACAGUUCUGUUUACGAGUUGGCUUCAAGUGUGAAAGCUGUUGUCGAGAGAUUGGAACUAUGCGGUGAAGAUGGGAAAGAUCCUUUCCCUCUGGUAAUGGUUGGUUGUGUUCUAGUGCCGAACAAGAGAUGGGACAUUGGCGACGAAGUAAUUGGCUGCAUCUCCAAGGACUUCCCUGGAGUCCUCCCAAUUCGUCCAAAGGUCGAGCCUGCAGUAGGCGCCGCAUUGCUUGCUUGGAACUUCCUGAUGCGGCAAUGCCAUCAGCAGGAAGCCUUCGGAAGAUGACACCCGCUUCGAGCGAGUGAGACGGGCUGUUUAUGUGUACAGAAACAAAGGCAGGGCGACGCAGACAACAUAUAGAGUGUAAAAACAUGUAUUUCUAUCAUAGUUUGUACUUUGAGAUUAAAGUUGUCUAGUUUUUACUAUAUACUUAAAGCAGAAUCAUCAGCUUUAUAUAUGUGUGUGUAUGUAUGUAUAUCUGUAUUAUGGUUAUAAACACAAAACAUUCUAUUCUAAAUAUCAUAGCCAUUUCUGUGGGCUUU